AUGCUGUAUAGCGCUAUCUAAAUCGAAAUAAUUGCAAAGAAAAGCAAUUCAUUAAGGAGAAAGAAAUAAACUUUUGAAAUUUGAUCGCGUUUUUUUUAUAAUUAGCAAGAAAUUUCCUAAGAUGAAAUUGGAUCCGAUUUUAACAUCAGCAUUUGAAUACAUAUGAAUUUGAAUAUUAUUUUCUUGAAAAUGGCCCGAACGAAGAAACUUGUGUGUCAGGAAACUGCUGAAAUCCGAGUGGAGUGAAAUGCUGAACUCAAGCAUUGAUAAUCUCGUAUGGUGAUUGAAAGCUUACCUGUUCUCACUACAACAUAAUGCGAUGUCCUCACAUUUGAAUCUUGACAUUACAACACGAAUAACUAAACCUGGAUGUGCUGACAAUAUCAUGCGAUCGCCUCAAUCAAGUCGUGCAUAAAGUUUCUCGAUUGAAAAAUCCACUGUCAGUAAUUUCAAAUAAAUGCGGCAUAAGUGUGGCAGCAGUUUAAUCUGAUGUAGAUUUGUUUGUCCCAACACUGAAUUUUGAAAAUAAUCUCACAGUUAGUUGUGGAAUGGUAGGAAACAAGGCGGGCCGUCUCUAGUGAAGUGAUAUUAGACAAGGUGUUACGUCACUAGUGAAGUAACUGUUGACAAGGCGUGACGUCACUAGUGAAAUAAUACUAUACAAGGCGUGACGUCACUCACGUUGUGCUAAACCAUGCGUCGGGUCUGCCAUGCCGCGCUGAACCUUCUCUGCUGCUACGUCGCAGCUGCCUUAGCAGCGCAGACAGAAACUAGAGGAGGGAAACCUCGCGAUCCUGUUUUCCUGGGCGACAUCAGCAACCAGACCGUGGCUGAGGGGCGGACCGUCAGAUUCGCGUGCCGGGUUGACUACCUGGGACCACAUAAGCUUGCGUGGAUUCACUACGAGAACUCGGCCAUCCUGACAGUUGCCAACCACGUGAUCACGCGCAACGACCGCAUCAGCGUGACGCACGACAAGCACCAGAAGACGUGGUACCUUCACAUCGCUGAUGUUAAAGAGUCCGACACUGGCAAGUAUAUGUGCCAGAUCAACACUGCCUCGGCCAUGACCGUCGCGGGCUAUCUCACUGUUGUGGUGCCACCGGACAUCGUGGACUCGGAGAGCUCCGGUGACGUCAUCGCGCAGGAAGGCAACGACGUGAAGCUUCGCUGCAAGGCGCGCGGCAGCCCCAAGCCCAUCGUCACAUGGAAGAGGGAGGAUGGCAACCCCAUCACCGUCAACAAGACCUUAUCAGUGAUCGACCACAAGGGGGAAGUGCUGACGCUGAACAAAGUCAGCCGUAUGGACAUGGGCGCGUAUCUCUGCAUCGCCAGCAACGGCCACCCACCCAUUGUCAGCAAGCGCAUUCUUGUCAGCGUCGACUUCCCCCCGAUGCUGUGGAUCCCACACCAGUUGAUCGCUGCGCUGCGUGGCAACGAAGUGUUGCUGGAGUGCUACACUGAAGCGCAUCCCACUUCCCUCAACUACUGGACACGGGGCGACAGCAACAUGAUCUAUGACUCGGAAAAAUUCCACAUCGAGCACAAAGUUGGCAACCCGGGCUACAAGAUCCACAUGCUGCUCACCAUCAGGUACAUGGAGGACGAGGACUUCGGCACAUACCGCUGCGUGGCCAAGAACCCGCGGGGCGAGACCGACGGGGCUAUCAAGGUCUACGACGCAGGGCCUCCUGCCACCACCACCAUCGCCACCACAAUCCCUACGGAGGUCCUCGACGACAUCAACAACCAAGUGCUGGACAGAAGCCCGGGUGCUCGAGGCCGCAAGAGAACACAGCUCCAGUCGCCUGGUAAAGCCGUUGAUGGUACUCUUAAAGAUUCUUCUCGUCCGCCCUAUGCUGAUGGCCUGGAUCUUUUCGAGAUAUCCAUCGGGACAGGUCACAGGUCCAUGGCUUCACGGAGCUUAGCGGCGUUGGUCAUGGUCAUAUUGAUCAUUAAUAGAACGUUAUUAUCAUAACCUCGUCCUUACUGCGCGUCAAAGCUUACGUAGAGAUUUGUGGAGCUGAUGAAGGGAUAGAGUAUAUAAUGUCUACAAAUUCUAUUCAUUCUGCCAUGUGCAAGACAUAUCUAUGCGCUCAUUCAUUGUUGUUGAUUACAAGGUGAAUCAAUUAGAAAUAAUUUGUGCUUUGUUCAAUCGCAUGAGUCAUCUAAUGUGCGUUAAUACCGAAAUAAAUGGUAGACUUUAGUGUGUAGAAAGAAAUUAUACUUCUAGAUGAAUGGGACGAUAUUGUUCAAACAUAUUUCAACUUAUAACCUCAUCAUCUUGUUCUUAACAAGUUAGUUAUGCAUUUGACAGAAUUCAACCAUUUGGAACACAGCCAAUUUCAGUAAUUCCCAAUCCAAAGCUUCACAAGGAACUCAGUUCAGAUGGUGGACUAUCCAAAGAGAAAUGUGAAUUUAAUCCAUCUUGCUAGCUGUGGCGGUAAAAUUAAUAAAAAAACAGUCAAUCCCGCGUUCUCCUACGCUGACAGCCAAGAUUUUUUCCGAGAUAUCCAUCGUAACAGACCAGCGCAGAAGCUUACAUCUCAAACUAGAAGAAAAAAAUUCACUCUAAUUCAGUAUAUUCGGUAAAAAAUUACUAAA